AUGGAUGAAGAGAUCACCUGUUCACCAGGGCAGAAGUGCUCACUGACAAAGAAGAUUUGUGAGCAGGAAUGGAAGUUCUGUGUUACUUCAAGGAAUCCCCUGGCAUGUGUAGUUCUAAUGGAUGUCUGCACCACAACACACUUCAGCAUCAAGAUCAUAUACUUAGAUUCUGGAGAAGAUUAUCAUCGUGUAUCUGUUCCUGUGGACUCAGCAAAGUGGGAAAACAAGUUUGCUGAGGAAUGCACUGGAAAAGAUGUCGCAUACACCAUCAUCAUCCAAUUCAGAACUGAAGUCUAUGGAACUUUUCAGCAGACCCUGGAAUUUCGCUUUGCAUCUGGGAGAUUGGAAGCCCAGAGAAUAGAGGCUCAGGUGGAACCUAUCCCUUUAUCUGUAGAAUUACAAGAUGUGAAGGAAUGCAUCCUUUCCAACAAGAACCACUGGGAUCCCUCUAAAGUCCACAUAGUCAAGUUUGAUCCUAGUUUUCAGUCAGAUGGGGAUGCCAAUCUUCUCAAGAAGUAUCCUCUUGAAUAUGCUCUCUGCAUUGAUGAGUCACAGAUCACCAAGGAGGGCGUACUAAGCCCAGAGAGUUACAUUUCUCAGAUGCAUAAUUUCCUCUACUUGGAAGAAUUAGCUCAACUGAGGGAGAUCCAGAAAUGCAACCUCAUGGCUCAUAUCAAGAUGGUGAAAGGGUACAUGCUGGCCUCACCUGCUUCCACCAUGAAAUAUUGCAUUGAGGGAGAGCUGUUUGGUUUUCUGACACUUUGUGGUGAGAUAUCAGAGGAUACACAUGCUGGACGCUUACUAAUCAACUCCUGCCAGUCUGUGCUAUUUCAAGUCUUGCACAGCUCCAGAGAGGGCAAAGAAUCAUCAGCUACUACUGAACUGCAUGAUGACCAUAUCUAUGAGGCUCUGAUCGAGGACCGAGCAAGAAGUACAUUAUAUCUGCGAUUCAACAAGGAAGCCGUUGAAGCUCUUCAUCUCCAGGAUGACACACUCAUUCAAGCUGAAGUUCAGUUUCAACUCAACAGACUUCCAUUCUGCGAGAGACAUCAGGCAUUGGAUAAUCUCUCACAGACCAAGUUCCUAUUCCCUGAUCUAUCAUCAGAGAUAGAAAUGAAACACCUCCUGGACAUAGAGGGAAUUGAAAAAUCACCAAAACUGAAUGCAAAGCAGAAGUGUGCAGUGCUUGCCAUCACUGCAGAAUUGUGUCCUGAAUUUCCUCCUGUCAUCAUGAUGGGCCCUUUUGGAACUGGGAAGACCUAUACUAUGGCACAUGCCAUCAAGCUAUUACUCACUCUACCAGAGACCAAAAUCUUAAUAUGCACCCACUCUAACAGUGCAGCUGAUCUUUAUAUCAGAGAGUAUCUGCAACCUUUGGUUGCAGCUGGCAAUGAAGCUGCCAGGCCUCUCAGGAUCUAUUAUGUUGGGAGAUGGGUUGGAACUGUGCAUCCUAUUGUACAGUGGUACUGCACUCUGGAAAAAGUGGAUCACGCAACCACUUUCCGGCUUCCAACACUGGAAGAGGUGGAGAAGCAUAGAAUCAUCAUCACUACCCUUGGCACUGCUCGAUACCUGUCACAAAUUGGAGUCAAGCAAGGGCACUUCACUCAUAUAAUGAUUGAUGAAGCUGGUCAAGCUUUGGAGUGUGAGGCAGUCAUCCCACUGACACUUGCUGAUGACAAAACAAGAGUUAUACUAGCUGGUGACCCUCUGCAGCUAUGUUCUGAGGUGUAUUCGCCAUGUGGUGAAGAUCUGAAAUUGAAUCGCUCACUAUUGGAAAGGCUGUGUCAAAUGUACUCAACAUCCCAUCAAUGCAAAGUACUCCUUGGGGAGAACUACCGUUCCCACAAUGCUAUUGUCCAGUUCUUGUCAGAAGCCUUCUAUGGAUCUGAGCAUGUGGAGGCUAAGGGAGAUCAGUUAAAUCAUGACACACUUUAUCCUUUGGCUUUCUUUGCGGCCUUUGGUGAAGACAAGAAGGAUCCAGCCAGCACAUCUUUCUACAACAUGGCUGAGGUGUGUGAGGUGGUGGAUCGGGUGAAGGAGCUGCUGGCAACAUGGCCCACUUGUUGGGGAAUGCAGGAUGAAUCAAGCAUUGCUGUCCUCACCCCUUCCCCCCAGCAGGUUAUUCACAUACGUGCUGCACUCCGCAAACAUCAUCUAUCCAGCAUUACUGUAGAAAGUGUGCGAAAUGUCCAAGGGAAGCAGUUCAGGGUGGUGAUUCUGAGCACUGUGAGAACACAUCACACUUGUCCCAUCACACCCUCAGAAGAGGAUAAUCAGGGUUUUCUCAACAGCCCUCGCUUGAUGAAUACUGCAUUGACUCGAUCUCAAUCCCAAAUCAUCAUUGUCGGCGAUCCACUAUCAUUGUCAGCCAUAGGAACAUGCAGACUUGUGUGGCGUCAUAUGCUGGAAGUGUGUCAUGAGAACAAAUCCCUGUUUGGCAUCAGCUGGGAGGAAUUGAAGGAGAGAGUUACAGGACUGGAAAUGAAAGCUAUCUAUGGCCUGAAUCCCAUGGCAUCAACAUUCAUCCCAACAGCAUUAAGAAGCUGGCCUCCGAUGGGCCCAACAACCCCACCCCGACCUGGUCCUCACUCCCUUGUUGAUGACUCCUUCCCUCAUGUCCCUGACUUCCCUCUCAUGCCACCCUAUUCUCACUUCCCAAAUGCAGCCAUGGCCAGUUACAUUGCCCCCUGGAUUUCUCCCUUUGGCAUGCCUGUUCCCUCCUACCCUUGGGGUCCCUUUCCAUUCAUUAACUUCACCAACCCCUGGAUGCCAAAUCCAGCAGCCUUCCAACAAAUGGUCCGGGCUUUUAGCUCCAUGCAGGCACAAGGAGGCUCUUUCCGAUUCCACGGUGGGACUCAUUGGGGAGAAAGUCCCCGAAAAGAAGUUCCUGAUGUUACACCAGCAUCUGUUGCCAGCAAGGAUGUUCCACAGAAAGGUCCCAGUCCAACAGAAGAGGGACGUCCAGCUGCCACUGAAUUUCAAAAGGACUCCAGUACCAAGAUUAGGUUCCUUGACAAGGUCCACUUCCCUGAGACUAAGAAAAACCAGCAGGACAGGUCACCCACGCACACCGAGAAGACCUCAUCCACAGUCAAGACGAAUAAAGAAGAAGAGGAUGCAACAUGCACGAACACAAUCCUUCAGUCUUUGACUGACAUAAUGGGUGGUAGCGGGGAACCAGAUACCUCAUCCCCACUCACCAUCAUACCUCCAUUGACGACGGCCUCCCAAUCGAAGUUUAUGCAGAACAUCUUCAGUGAAGCAAGUGCCACCAGCCAGCCCUCGCUGGGGGAAUUUAAGAACCUUUGGGAUGAUGGCAUGCUCUCUGAUACAGCCUCAGAUGCAUUUAAGGCCAAACAAGACAAGGACAAGGAUUCCUAUUCCCUAUGGUCUUAG